GAAACCCACACAAUACAUACUUUUCUUUUUUUUGGCCGUAUUUUUCGCCGCGGAGGAGGUGACCUCCAGAAUGGCCUGGCAAUGCAAUUGGCUGCACUUUUCCUUUGUGGGCCCGCCUUGCGUUUUAUUGUGUCACGGGUUCGCGCGCAGAUGGCAAAAAAUAAACGAACACGGCGUUUUCCCAAGUGAAAGUCUGUUUAUCUACCGGCGAAGUUGAAAACACCACACUCUAAUAAUAUCGCGACGAACGUUGAAAUAUGUGUGCUCAAUUAGAAGCGGCACUAAUUUGCGUGCUUAGUGAAAAUCGAUAUGGCGCAGCCUUUGACUUUUGGCACUUGCGAGUCAGUUUAGAAUGUCCAAUGCGGCUAGGCUGAAUCUUAACGCACAAGAUCCCUCAAAAUCUCCCAGGAUCCCCUAGCCGAGAAACGGACGCACAAUGAACUUCACCCCGUUCGGCAACACCUUCCCCGGCAAUAUUCCCGGCCUGCCGCAGUUCACGACGAGCACGGCGCCCCUGGUCUCCACGGUGACGGCGGCGGUGACGGACGUGACGGUGACCGCCACCAACAAUCCGCAGCAGCAACAGCAGCAGCAGGAUGCCGCCGGCAGCAGCAAUCGCUACCAGCAGCAGCAGCAACAGGUAGCGCACUUCGGCCAGGCCAGCAUGACAGCCGGCCAGGGAACCAGUGGCAACAACAAGUUCCGAGGCGGCCAGGAGGAUGGCAUCCAGGGUGACAAGUACAAUGGCCACUUGGUGGCCUCCUCCCAGCAACAGCAGCAGCAGCAACAACAGCAGCAGCAGACGCAGUAUGCAACUGUUGCAUAUGCAAGUGCAACGGCAACGAGUGCCGCAGCGGAUGCCCUGCAGGCGGGCACUUCCGGCCAGCAGCAGCAGCAGAUGCAACAGCAACAGGUCACUGCCCCACAGGAACUCACCCAGGAUCUGUGCAACGCCAUCCUCCAGCAACAAGUACUCCAGAAUACCUCGUGGCAAACGCUGACGCCGGGGACCACCGUCGCCGACUACCUCUCGCAUCUUCCAGCCAACACGUUGCCCCUGUCGCUGCACCACUUCCUCAAGUAUUCCGCGGAGACGAUCAAGAAGGAGAACCAGCAGAAUGUGGUACUGCAGGUGCAGACGGGACCAGCCAUCGGGAUCAACACCCUGGGCACGACAACCAUUAGUAUACCUCAGCAGGAGCAGCUGACGCUGCAACCGCAGCAGCAGACGACGCUGCAGGUGCAGACGCAGGCGGCGGCGGUCACGGCGACGGCGACGACGGCGGCGGCGGCAGCGACGACGACCGGCGGAUCCGGUGGCACUUCCGGCAAGAAGAAGAAGCGCAAAAAGCGGAGCAAGGACCGGAAACCGAAGCUGCGACCGGGCGAGAUUCGACUGGGGACGGCGCUCGACGGCAGUCCGCUGUACAUGUGCCCCGAGUGCCAUGUGGCCUAUCCGGAACCGGAACUACUGGAGGUGCACCUGGUGGGCCACAACCUAGAGAAGCGGUACGUGUGCGACAUCUGCCAGGCGUCGCUGAAGCGCAAGGACCACCUCACCCGCCACAAACAGUCGCACAAUCCGGAGAGACCCUACAUCUGCACCGUCUGCCUGAAGGCCUUCAAGCGGAAGGAGCAGCUGAGCCUGCACUUCGUGAUCCACUCGGGCGAGAAGCGCCACCAGUGCGGCGAGUGCGGCAAGGGCUUCUACCGCAAGGAUCACCUGCGCAAGCACACCCGCUCCCACAUCGCGCGGCGGGUCAAGGCGGAGCUGAACAGCCAUGUGCGGCGGGAAAAUGGAACCAGCAUGCUGCAGCCCGUGGUCACGGAGGCCACCACGGCGGCCCUGCAACACGCCAACCAGCUGGCCACCGCGCAGCAACAGUUGCAGCAGCAGCAGCAACAGCAGCAGCAACAGCAACAGCAACAGCAGCAACAUCACAUUGUGAUCACCCAGCAGCAACAGACGCCGCAGCAGCAGCAGCAGCAGCAGGUUCAGACUUCGCAGCAGCAGCAACAGCAGCAAAUGAUAAAUUAGCCAAAUGAUUUUUGUAAAGUCAGUUAAAGCAAAAUUCAAUUUAGUCUCAUCUAAGCCCUCGAGGGCUUGGCUGCUCAAAAAAAUAACUCUCGGUCCACACAAUUUAAUUGACUCUCACAAAUCGGAUAAUACAAACAGGAGGAUGUUAGCUAAUGUCUUCGGGAGUUUCCCAAAGGGAACUCUCAACGUUGUACAAUUUUAAUCGUAAGUCCGCGAUGAUGAUGGGACCUUCCACAACUGAUCACACUCACUGGGAUAAAACUGGAUAUAUUUUGACCUUCCCGGAAUUGGCUUUAUUAUAUAUACUUUUUAAUGGGAUCCGAAGUUGUAAGGAGAUUACUUUUAGUUACAACUGUUUAGUUUAAAAAAUUAAGUUUUUGAACUCGUGUAAAGUUGUCUUUUAUUUUUAUAGAUCUGUAUACCACGAACCCUCUAAAAAAAAUAUUACCUAGCUUAUUCCUUAACACAAUGUUAAUAAAGAGAACGAACAAUCACUCCGAAAGAGCCAUAGUAAUGUUGAUAAUGACUAAAUACAUUUGAACUUUCGUAACUCGAACGUCUCUAACUUGAAGUCCCUAGAACACAAAAUGUAUUCUGCGUACCAAAGACUAAGUAACACUUUUCUGGUGAUAGAUGAUGUUUCUAGUUAUUAAAGUCUGAUUGUAUAUUCUUUUUAGGGUCGGAAAUCUUCUUCACUACGUUUUAAACUUCUAAUCAAGAUGAUACAAAGAAAAUUUUGAACAAAUAUUUUACACUUUGAUUCCUUAAUAAGAACUAAAAUAUGUUAUGUUUGCAAUAAAUGAUCUGCAUUACAUUAUUUUUCACUGAAGCUCCAAUAGAUAAAUACAAUCCCUGAGUGGUCGGUCCCAGGCCUUUGUCCGCCCUAACAUUCCAUGCUCUAAUUUAAGACAAAUGUGCAAAUGAAUAAUAAUUUUAUACGCAAUGUAUUUUAGUGAAAUGUAUUUUUCUACAAUUAGAAUCAAUGUUGUAUGGUAUGUAUGUCUGUCCAUAUGUACAUACACCUGUACGAAUACAUGAAUACUGUUCACUGGCAGCGAACUAUAUAUUUAUAUACUAUGUAAACAAAUGCAAUCUAGAUUUACACUUAAUGUAGGAACGAAUCUAAAAUUGUGAAUGUACGUAUAACUUUUUGCUACACCGAUAAAUCAACCACAGAUCCUUGUAAAUAUGCAGUAAAUUAUAUAAUUUGAUCUUAACCGAAGUAAAACAUUUGUAUUCUUAAAACCCAAUUUUCAAUAAU